AUGGGAGCUAGUAAAUCUAAGGUAUUCAGAGAAAUUGUUCCGAAACGAGUGUUACUUUUGGGACUUGAUGGUUCUGGUAAAACAAUUAAUACAAUUGGAUAUAAUGUUGAGACGAUUAAGUGUGGCAAGUAUGAAUUGAAUAUUUUCGACGUUGGAGGAAAGAAACACAUCAGAUCAUUAUGGAAUUGUUACUAUGACAAUAAUCAAGCUAUAAUAUUUGUUAUUGACUCGUCGGAACCAACUCGAUUGAGGGAGGCAAGAAGAGAGUUGAGAAAGUUACUAUCCGAUGAACGUCUCUCUCAUCUUCCCUUCCUCAUCAUGAUUAAUAAGGUUGAUUGUUGUAAGGCAAUGUCACAUACAUCUUCUCAUUCGCCACAACAUAUUCCUCUCGAGGAUUUUGAGGAUUUUCUGAUAAGAGGUGUUGAAAGUGAUGCUCUUCAACAACUAAGAUUGGAAGCACUCACUGCCAUGGAUGAACAUCAUGAUGAAACUGAUGAAUCUCUAUUAUCGGAACACAAUUCUGAGAGUUCAGGAGGUGCAUUCCUUCAGCAACAACAACAGAGGGAAAUGCCAGCUGUUAUAGAGAAUAGACACUUGAGUAGAGUGAGAUUUGCCAUGGAUUAUCCCUCAACAAGUACACAACCAACAACUAGUUUUGAUAACACAAAUUCCACAACAGCAUCUUUCCGAUUUGCCAAUUCUCCAACAAGUGAAAAGAUCCUUCUGAAAACUCUAAGAGAAAGGAAAGGUUUACUACAAUCAUCUCCAACCACUAAUGUCAAUAAUAAUACGAGUGUAAUAUCCAACUCUCCACCACUACAGCAACAAGUAAGCUCACCUUCACCACCUUCCAUCUUUCCAAAUACACUUCAAAUAGGAGAUAAUUCACCAUGUUAUAGUGACAACUAUCUGUACAGCAAUAAUAGUCAACAGGGUGGAGGAACAUGUUCCACAUCUGAUUUGGAUUCAUCCUUCCAAUGUUUGCAUCACUAUGAAGAGGAGGAAGAUGAUUAUGCAGAGCUGAAUUUUCCACUCGGAAAGAAACAAUACCACCUACAGCCUUGUUGUGCACUUGAUGGAGGAGGAAUUAUGCAAGGUUUUGCAUGGAUGUGUUCCUACUUUGAUAGUCUUGAAGAGGAGCAGAGAUAUUCUUCUGCCUCUGGAGAGAACAAGACGAUCCAGCUCAGAUAG